AUGGCACUAUCUGCAGCAGCAGCAGCAACAGCAGCAGCAGCAACAGCAGCAGCAUUAACAAUAGCAGCAGAAUCAGUAACAGCAUCAACAGAAGCAUCAGCAAGCAGCAGCAUUCGCGUCAAAAGCAGCAGGGUCAGCGUCAGCAGCAGCAACAACAUCAGCAUCAGCAGCAGUAAUAGCAACAGUAGCAGCAACAGUAGCAGCAGCAGCAGCAACAGCAGCAGCAGCAGCAGCAGACUUCAGGGAAUGCUACAGCGAGCAGCAGCAGCAACAACAACAGUUGAAACAAGAGCAGCUUCAGGAUCAGCAGCAACAGCAGCAGCAGCAGCAACAGCAGCAGCAGCAACAGAAGCAGCAGCAGCACCUGUCCCCGAGUCCAAUGAUAUAACCAAAUGCUGCCCAAGCAGCAAAACUUUGCAAGCAAGCAGCAGCAGCAGUAGUAGUAGUAGUAGUAGUAGUAGUAGUAGUAGUAGUAGUAGUAGUAGGGGUUGCAGCAGCAGCAGCGGAGGGAGCGGAAGCAGCAGCAACAGCAGCAGAUAUAACAAUACCAAACUAGCAACUGUCUAA